AUGGCAAUACCAUCCGCGCAGCUGCCCAAAUUACCAACCUGGGAGCCCUCCUUGCCUCCUUUUGUUACCCAACAUCAUGUUGAGUUUGAUUGGCCAAUAGAAGGACUUCUUGUUCCAAACAGUCCUCCCAUGAAGAAACCGAUGUGUAAGACACCAGAACAAUGUGUCCCUGUGAAGCUCCGAGUUUUGCCAAAUGGAGAAAAGGAUAAAAACAGAUCCCUUACUGUAAUUAGUCCGGACAUCUCACCUGGUCGGAAAAUGCAGUGCACUGAAAUUUUAAAUUUACCUUCUGCAGCUCGGAGAUUGUUCAAUGAAAAGGGGAAGGAAAUCUUUGCCCUAAAAGACCUGCAAAGAGAUGAAUUGGUUUAUGUUUCAUGUGGAGAACAUUGGAUCAAUCCUGACCUGUCCAUUGCUCAGCAAAAGAAGCAAAUCUUCCUCAGGAACCUAGCAUCAGACAUUUCCAAAAUUCAAACGUUCUGCAGCACACAUAAGACAGAGGAGGCUCUUGUUUUAGAAGUCCAAAGUGACAUUGUGUCUGGAGGCAAGCUUGCUGUGAAUAAACCUAUAGCAAGUUUUGGAGAAGAGAAGCAAGUUAAAGAACCAGAGGAAAAGCAAAUGCCAAAAGAUGCUUCCAGUGAAAUUCUAGAUUCACAUGCAAGAGCCCAUCUCCGCAUGAAGGCUUGUCACAAACUUCUCAGGUAUGCCUGGCAGGAAACUUUGCAUGACUUUGACAAGGAUGACAGUCUUCCAAAUAAAAUGGAAGAAGAGCUCUUUGAAAAUGGGGAACCACAGAAGAAAUACAGCUGUUCGCCAAAGCAUAGUAAAUUGCAGAAGCUUUGCCAUCAGCAAUUUGAAUACAGAGAUGGACAAAUUAUAAGCCAUGCUGCUCCUCAGCUGGUCUUGGGGGUACAAGGUCCCCACCUCUGUUCAGGCACGGAAGUGCUUCUGCUGGAGAAGAAAUCUGAUGGUAAUCAUCAACGCUGGAUACACAAGGAAGACAGCAGGACCUUUCACCUGGCGAGUAACCCAGACUUUGUACUGGCCGUGUCUAUGACCAAGGCUAGAAAUGAAGUCCGUGGCUAUCCAGUUAUUGUUCAGAAAUAUAAGCCAUACAACAAUGGAACUGCCAAUCAAAAGUGGCGUUACAUAGAAAAUAUGAAAGCAUUUAUGGCUUUUUAUAGCACUUCCCUGGAUAAGGAAAUCACAUCAGCAAAUUAUGCUGGUGGAUACUAUUAUCUCUCACCUGGUGGAAAAAGAAAAAUGAUGCUGUGCUUGGCUUGUGGACAAUCCAUGAGAGCAGAGAAGGGACUGAAACAGUUGCUUCCAGGGGUUCCAUUCCUCUGUGCUUCUGGCUCCAAGACCCAGAAGCCCUUCUCACGAGGGCCUUUCAAGAUCAUCAGUGUGGCCGAGGCUGAUUUAUCGUCUUAUGAGGCUGAAAAAACUCUAAGUUAUUACAAAGAACGCCUACUGUCUUUACGGAUCAAGACCUGUACACAAGCUGCACCUCACAGUGGUAUGGUAACUACACACCAGAAGGCAGUGAAAAUAAUUGCAUACAGAAAUGGGGAUGGAUAUCAUAAUGGGAAGUUAAUUGUGGCCAGAACAUUCCCCAUGCUUCUUACAGAAUGCACAAAACAACUUGGGCUUGCCAGAGCAGCCUCCAAAUUAUAUACCAAAGAUGGAACCACAAUCCUUACCUUGCGUGAUUUGGUUUUAUGGGCUGUAGAUGAAUCCUUUAUCCAGAACGACUCUGCAAAACAAAAGAAAGAUGCAACUUCUGCUGGAACAGAAGAGAUAACUACUAAAAAAAACCUGAGAAUGAAAGUGAAAAACAAAUUAGUUCCAAAGUCUGGGACAUCUGAUAGUUUGGAUGGCAUAGAAAACUCUUUACUCACCCCCAUCCUCAGAAAACCUACUGCUGUAUGGGUAUCUUGUGGUGAACCAUUUCUAUCUCCAAAUGCUUUGCAGAAAGCAGAAAAAUUAGAGAAACAGAACUGGCUAAAAAAGGACAAAAUUUUGGCUGAUCUAGAUACCAUGAAACACAAAAUGAGACAGUUAAAAGGGCGGCGAGUAGCAGCAUGUCAGCCAGCCACCAUGGUUGCCACCAAAAGCCCUGUGCAGCCGGUGGUGGUUGAGGGAGGCUGGACUGAGCAGACUCAAGAGGAAAUUAAACUCAUGGAACUUAUAAGACAUACAGAGGCACACCUUUCUGAAGUUCAAGAACUGCAAUCCAAAAGAAAUUCUCCAGUUGCAACUAAACAUAUAGCAGUCCAGCAGAGCAGCCUGUAUAAGCAACCCAAUACAAAACGGGUAUGGAUUUACCUAAAUGGAGGCAAACCUGAAGAUGGCACUUAUGCCUGGGGCAAAACUAUUUCAGAGCUGCUGGAUGACUGCUCCUCUCGGCUCAAAAUGGCCCACCCAGCCAGAACACUGUACACGACAGAUGGAAAGCUGAUUCAGUCAUGGGAUGACAUAGAGCGGGACAUGGUUAUAUGUGUGUCUACGGGACAUGGCUUUAUAACCACAAAAGAGUUAAAACAACUGAUGGAGGUCAGAGCAAAUUAUGCCAGAAUCCGAAGGCAGCAGGGUCCUCAAGCCACAGACAUUGUGGUGUCUCCAUCCGUGAAGCUGCUCUCUCUGGUACAUCUACACAACUAA